AUGGAUAAUAAAGUGAAGCAACGUAUAUGUGGAAUUCUCGGUGGUUUGUCUUAUGUCUCAACAACUGAUUAUUACAAUCAAAUGAAUGAACUCGUUGGCAAAUCUUUACCUGGCCAUGGUAGUUGUAUUCAUAUUGUUUCAGUUGAUAUUUUUCCUUAUGUCGAAUUACUUAAUAAAAAUCAAUCAACUGAAGUUGUUGAUAAUCUUCUCGAUGCUGUCCAUCAAUUAGUUAAAAGUGGCAUCGAUUUUUUAAUUAUUGCUUCUAAUACAGGUCAUAUUGCUGCACCUCGAAUAACUGAAUACUAUCCGAAUCUUGUUUUUAUUCAUAUAAGUGAUGCUGUCGCAUUUGCUAUUAAAGAAAAAAAAUUAAAAAAAGUCGGCUUUCUGGGAACGAAAUUUGCAAUGAAAUUAGACAGUUGUGUAGUUAAACGAUUUUUAGAACAUGACUUAGAUAUUGUAUUGCCUCGUAAUGAUGAUAUAGAUCGUCUUCAUCAAAUUAUUAUUGUUGAAUUAAAUAAUAAUAUAUUUACUACUGAAUCAAAACAAUUUUAUAUAUCGGUUAUGCAACGUUUAUAUGAUGAACAACAAGUUGAAGGCAUUAUACUUGGUUGUACAGAAAUUCCUCAACUUGUUCAACAACAUGAAGUUCCUCAUUUACCAUUAUUUGAUUCAACACAAUUACAUGUACAACUAACAGUCGAUUAUCAACUAGGUCGAUGUGAUAUUGAACGAUUUUUACCAGUAGUAGCCACAAAAAAAAAAGAUUGA